AUGGUCAACGUACCCAAGACUCGCAGGACAUACUGCAAAGGCAAACAGUGCAAGAAGCACACGCCUCACAAGGUCACCCAGUACAAGACUGGCAAGGCCUCCACUGUCGCCCAAGGCAAGAGGCGAUAUGACAGGAAGCAGUCUGGAUAUGGUGGUCAAACGAAGCCUGUCUUCCACAAGAAGGCAAAGACGACAAAGAAAGUCGUGCUGAGAUUAGAGUGCACCGUGUGCAAGUACAAGGCGCAGAUGGCGCUCAAGCGUUGCAAGCACUUCGAGCUCGGUGGUGACAAGAAGACAAAGGGUGCCGCAUUGGUCUUCUAG